AUGGUAAUGCAACAGGCAAAACAACUACUAACAGAAUAUCAAGAAGGUCAAGCUUCAAAUGUAGUUUCCAGAGGUGCAUCAAAAAGCAAUCAUACUAGCUGGGAACCUCCUCCUUUAGUCAUUUAUAAGGUGAAUUGGGAUGCUGCAGUCAAACAUGAGAUCGGUAGAGUUGGCAUAGGUAUCGUUAUAAGGGAUUUUGAAGGAAGAGUGGUGGCUUCCAGAAGCAUGCAAAGGUAUAUAUUUACUGAUUCUUAUACAGCUAAGUCUCAAGGAGCACUACAGGCCAUCAUUUUUGCAAGAGACAUAGGAUUGAGGAGGAUAAUCUUGGAAGGGGAUGCAUUGCAAGUAAUUCACAGUAUCAAACUUAAUACUUCACAGUUCCAUCUCUCAAGGGUUCUCUUAUGGGAUGUUAAGUUUGUUUUGUCUCAUUUUGAUAACUGGAUUGUUGUUCAUGUCAGAAGAAAUGUCAAUAUGGCAGCACAAGUGUUGGCUAAGUAUGCUUAG